AUGUCAAAGGAUGCACUGUUCAGCAGAAUUGAGACUCUAGAGGCUCAGCUCAGUGCUAUGUCAGAGGACGGUUCAGCUCCAUGUACAGCUGAAAACAGCCCGAGGUACUACUCUAGAGAAAAUGGCCAGUUUUCCGAUGUGGUGGACUGCAUGACAUUGGGUCAUGUCGUGGGCAAUGAGCCAGCCCAUCUCGGCCCCUCAUCAGGAAAGAUGAUCGCAACGAGCUUGGACCUGAUGAUGAAAGACGCUGUUUGGAUGAAUGCUCUGUCAGAUGCGAGUAGUCGGGAACAGUGGCAUGGGCGCAGGUCCAAUGCUUCCCAGCAGAACCGGAUCGCUCCUCCAACAGAUAUUGCAGGAGUGAAAUUCAUCCAGGCCUAUUUCGGAAACUUGCAUCAACUACUCCCGUUUCUAGACCGGGUCGAGAUAUUCCAGCUACAUAUGAAGAGAAAUCAACUGCUUGCGCCUAAUUCGACAAAAAGAUGGGAAGCUUUCAAGCUCUUCAUCGUAUAUGCCAUUGGAUCAGCGAUGCAAAAGACCCCGGACAGAUACAAUUCUGCCGCUCCAGAGGACCUCUUCCAAAUUGCCCUUAAUUUCAAAGAUCCUGUCAUGCAAUCUCGUUCCAUUCGAAAUAUCGAGGGAAUGAUGUUGCUUGUCAUUUACAAUUUGCGUUCGACAUCCAGCUCCACAAUAUGGUAUCUGAUCGGCCUUGCAAUGAGAACUGCAAUCGAUCUAGGGUUGCACAGAGAGAUCAAUUAUUUCAGCCUCAAAUACUGCGAGGCUCAAGCAAGGCGCAGAAUGUUUUGGAGUGUUUAUAUACUGGAUCGUCAUAUUGCAUGGUCUCUCGGCCGGCCCGUCAAUAUUGCAGAUCAUGACAUCGAUGUCGCCCUUCCGGUUAAUUUUGAAAAACCUUUUCAAGCUGCUGCCGCUGACCAGCUGACAAGUUCUGAGGAGGAAAGCCUCACAAAGAGCCUCGGCACCUUUGUUCCUUCUAUCAAAUUGGCCCGGUUAAGAUCGCAAAUUCAUAACGAGAUCUACCGUGUCGACAAGAAUAUUUCUCUAUUGCUCCCUAUGGUUCCAUCGUUCCUGUCCUCUCUAGAAGACUACGAAAGAUCGUUACCUUCUAGUCUCUCGCAGGCUGACAAUGAGUGGAUUCAUAUGCACUGGAAUAAUGGUAUUCGGAUUAUUCUCCAACCGUUCCUGAAGGAACUUCCUCCAGACCAUGAUUUGGUUCGCGUUUGUAUGAGAGCUUCGGGACAGAUGUGUCAACUUUUCAAGAAAUUGCGUCAGAAAGACUACCUUGGUUGGGGCUAUAUCCUUGUCAACUUCAUGUUCAUGGCCGGGCUUACAAUGUGUUAUUGUCUUUUGCGAUGUCCUCGACUCUGGUCAAUCACAAUAGCAAACGAUCUACGUGCCUGUUCUUCCAUCCUUUAUGAUGUUGCAGACCGCAGCCAGUGCGUGAAGAAGUAUCGGGACCUCUGGGAGGCUAUCAUCACAAACGUUAUGGAAACCCUCGGCAAGGUGUCAGGUCAGUCUGGUUUGGCAAUCGAUGGCGAUCAUCAAAGAAUCGGCUGGGUUGAUGAUAUUGCUAUCGAAAACCCAAGAACUCCAGCUGAUCUAUAUGACUCGGCAAUUCUCUCUCAUUCUUGCCAUGAAGGGCGGUCUCCUGACUAUACAUUCUCAGAUUAUAUCUCGCAUGAUAUCAACCUAGUUGAUGAUACUCAACUCGACCCGGAGGAAAUUCUUCGCGAUAUUGAAGACUGCUCGACAGAGCUCGAGGGAACCGUGCGGAACCAGUCACAGCUGAAUGGCAGGGAAUACUUGGCGGAAGUCGAGAAUAUACUCUCAGAAGACUUUUGGGCGGGAGAUAUAUUUGGCUCGCAGAUGUUAUCAGAGCUUGUGCCAAAAGGCUCGGGUGGAAGCUUCACUUUCGAUACACCUCCCUCCCAGGCCUUUGCAAAUUAUCAGAGCUAG